AUGUCGUAUGACUUCCUGCAAGACUUCCACCUGCACUAUGGCGAGAAGGUGUUGAAGCACUUUGAUGUGCGCAAGGGAGACCGCGAUGGCUUCUUUGUUGUCACCAACAAGCGCUUUGCCUGGCAGAAGAAAGGCGCCCUCCACCCCGAGGUGAGCAUUGCAGCGCGCGAUUUGAAGCGUCGCCCCCGCAAGAUCUCCUCCGCCGCAGGCAUGAAGAUGACGGUGAGCAUUGCAGCGCGCGAUUUGAAGCGUCGCCCCCGCAAGAUCUCCUCCGCCGCAGGCAUGAAGAUGACGCUGACGACGGUGGACCAGCACGAGUACACGUUUCGCUUCCUGGCCGGCACGCCCACAGAGGCUGCAGCGGCACGUGAUGAGGCCAUCAAACUCAUUGUGGAAGUGUACAACAGCUCCAGCAAGCAAAGCAUGGAACAGGAGCACUUGCACUCCGCCCUCGCAGAAGACGAGUCAAAGGAGUCGUUGGAGACGGUGGAGGCGCGGCUGAAGGAAGACGAGCGGAAGAAAUCGCAGGAGCUGAAGCGCAAGAAGGCAGCACUGCUGGAACGCAACCCCUUACUUAAGGAGCUGUUCAUCGUCGGAGUGAAGAAGAAGAAGUUUAUCAAGGAGUCCCUGUUCUGGGAGACGUUCAAGGACGAGCUUGGGCGGUCGUCAAAGGCCUCGUCAUAUGAGAAAGGGCAGCACCUCGGCAUCUCCUCAGGGCUGUUGUCGCAGUAUGUGCGGCUUGAGAGUAGCGACGGGCAGCGGAAUGAGAUUCAGCUCUCCACCAACGUCAUCAAGGGUAUCUUCAAACUCUAUCCGGCGGUCGAGGACGCAUACAAGCAGCACGUCCUCUCAAAGCAGAUACCGGAGAGUCUGUUCUGGAAGAAGGUGUGGUUCUCGCCCAUCUUCCAGCGGGGUAGCCUGAACAAACACUCCAUCCAGACCAAAGACAUGUUUUCGGAUCUCGGUGAAAAGCAGGACGAAAUCAGGGCUCACCUCGAUGUGGCCCUGUCGAAUCCGCUGAAUGACAUCUCCAUGAACGACGCCGUGCACGAUGAGGAGGAGGCGAGCGGGCACGUCGUCAUGAAGGAGCUCAAGUCAUCGCGCCAGGCGCCGCUCAAGCGACGGCGACGCAACAUUGCACUGCUGAACGACGACAGCACCAAGAUCCUCACGCUCAUGGGCGCAACCAGCGCUGCUGCUGCACUCACACACGGCAGCAGCAGCAGCAGCAGCAGCAGCAGCAGCAGACGUGGUGGCGAUGGUGAUGGCGCGAAGAGGAGUGGGAGAGACGUUAAGGAUGACGAAUUGGGUGCUGGGAUUGGUGGCGGUGGCGGUCAUGGUGGUUCACUGGAGAUGCAGGCGGAGCAGAUUCAGAAGCGGCUGAAGGAAGCGACAGAGUAUGAUGACCUUCAAGGAGAAGUCAAACACGUGCGCACGGCGCCAUUGCACCUGAGGGAGGAAUACAGAACGCCGCAGGCAAUGAAGGCGGACGUGGACGAGGUGCCAGCGGUGCCGGCGUCUGUUUCGCUGCAGUGCCGUCCCGUCCACACGAGCGGCGAUGCUGCCUUAGCUGUUGCUCAGGAGUUUGCAACACAGAGCCAGGACGAGUGCAUUGCCAUCAUGCAAUAUGAGGAAGCGUUCGAAACACUGCUGAGGGAGUACUGGCUGAGUGUGAGUGAGGAGACGAAAGGGCCGCACAGGAGUGAGGCAACAGCGCAGCAGGCCGCAAAGCUGCUCUACAAGUACAAACGCGUCAAACUCGAACCGUUCAUGUCCUCCGCAAACGCGCACACGCGUGCACUUCUCGAAGUGCUGGCAGAUCGUGUUGAUCGCGCACUCACACACGCACAGAGCACACACGCGUAG